UCCUGCUUUAUUAUUCAAAACAGAAACAAGAUGUGUUGAUACAUAAAGUUUGUUUUACUUUUUAUGUAAAAACACACAAUUUGUUUCAGCGAGCAGGAAGUUUUUAUCAAAAUCUGGAAACAAGAUUUUAGAUUUGAAUGAUAUUUUCAGAUAAGAUUCAUUAUACAAGAUGAACAAGACAAACAUGAUAGAUUCGAGCGUUGACGAAGAGGUUAUCCUUGAGCAUGCUAGAUAUGAAAUCUUCCAGCAUCUACUUUUGGUGAUCGUAUGUAUGGUUGUAUUUGGAGCAAUUGGAAUUGUUGGAAAUAGUUUUGCUUUUGCGUUCUACGCGUUCAAAUCUAAGCCCUCAUCUACCGUGAGGCUGAUUGCAUGUUUAGCAAUGGUAGACCUUAUCGUCUGUGUUGAAUUUAUUCCUAACAUUAUAGAAAUGUGGGUCAAUGUUAAAUAUACAGCAAGCAUUAUGUGCAAAUUUGCACAUUUCAUCGGUCUUUGGACAGUGGCUUGUUCUGGUUUAAUACUAUGGGUGGUUGCUAUAGACAGACAUAGAAAAAUUUGUACUCCAUUCGGAAAGCAAAUGACAUUAAAGACAGUAAAGUACGUUUUAAUUGCCAUUGUUAUAUUUGGGGGUGUUAUGUCCGUGAGAAAUUUUGCUAAUUUUGAUAGCGUUGUUGUUAAUGUCAAAGAUCCCGGAAGUAACAUAACAGUCAAAGGACACUAUUGUACAACGAGAGAUGAUUCUGGUUAUUUUGUUAGUGUUGCUGUCUUCACUGUCACAGAUUUUCUCCUCAUGCUAAUUGUUUGGAUGACACUAGGAAUAGUAUAUUCUCAUAUAAUUUACACAAUAUACAAAUUAAAAAGAACUAGGAAACAUUUACAAAACGAAACAAAUGUGAACAAUAGGGAAGUGUCAAAUCCGUCGUAUGUUAUUGACGAAUCCGAAGAGAGCACCACUAAAAUUGAAGACAGACCAGAAACGUUUAAGGAAUAUACGAAUGGUCAUGCGACACAUAGCGUACACCCUGAAAACAGACAGCGUAACACGAACAAAGUCGGCAUUUCCAAAACCAAUAUCACACCACGAUCUACAAGCAGUAAACAGAUAUUAGAUGCAUCUUUAAAUAAUCGUAUAGUAAGUGUCCAAUCACAAGAUUCAUUGACGGAAACAGGGAUUAGCACUGAAGAUUCAGAACAAUCAAAUAGUUAUACGAAUGAUUUGUCAUCACCAGAUAAUACAAAAGAUUUGUCGGGAAAAGGACAUUCGUCACCACCCAAACCUCGUACUAAGUCAACAUUAAAAAGAAUUAUGCAUAGAGUAAAGAAACGCAAACGGUAUAAUAGCGCUAAAUGUCCAGUGGAGAGAAAUUUAACAUUCAAGAUGUUAGUUGUAUCGAUUGUGUACAUACUUUGUUUCACACCUUAUUUUAUCGUGAAAAUUCUCAUGCGAGAGGUGAUGAAAUCAGGAGAAGAAUAUGAACUUAAUCUACUGGCCCAAAUUGCCUUGCGACUCCCUUAUAUGAACAGUGUGUUUAACCCUGUUAUAUAUUGCGUGUUCAAUUCUCAAUUCAGGUUGUACAUACAAAACGUAUUCAAGACCUUCUUUUCUACUUGUUUUAGAAAACAAAAGAAGCUGAUCGGUAUCACUUGAAAUUCUAUAUCACUGUACAAUAUCUCUCUACUGCAUAUAUUUGUAUAAUUUGCAUGUUUAGAAUACCUUCCGAAAUGUAAUUUGUUAUUUUUAUUUAGUGUAAACAAAUACAAUGUUAUGUUGGUUGUCUAGGGGUCAUGUUUAAACAUGAGAACGUUAAGUAUCUUGUAUUGUUUGAAAUCAGUGAUACAUUAUGAAUAAAAUAAUUUAUCAAAAUAAAGCUAAACGUUUUGUAUCGCUGGUGUUUAGGCGACAGCAAGUCUAUAUAAAGUAAAUACAUGUAGUCUAAUUUUGUAACUAUUUUUUUUGUGUUAUUAUCGUUACUGUACUUGUUCAUGUCAUUUAUUUUUAUAACUGUUUAUGUGGAGUUUUUUCUCGUACUUAUAUUACUUUUUAUUUUAUAAAUAUUAUAUGUACAUUCAAAUCACUGUUCAGUGCCAUUUUGAAUUAAAUAACUGAACAAAACAGUAUUUUAGAAAUGUAUCAUUGCAUAAGUUGUCGGAUAAUGUUUUCUGUAGCGUUUUUUAAUACAUGUAGAUCUAUUAUAUUAAUAAACCAUUCAAUUUCGUGAAAACUAAAAUGAAUCUGUGACUUUAACUUAUACGCGUUUAGACUAAAGUCUAAAACAUCUAAAAAUCAUUCAGUAUGUACACUAAACACUUAAUUAACUCUUAAACUAUUGUCAAGCAGAAGAGCAAAGCCUAUGCCAGGACAGCCUACACUAAAAUUCAGUCUGACCAGGUUCUACAUAUUUUAUAUGUUGAAAUUGAAAUCCAUUUAUUUUGAAAUGUACUAUAAUUGUAAAUUAAAAUCUGACCAAAACCAAUACAAAAAUGCUUGUAAAGCGUCGUUGGUAAAUAGCAUUGUCGUAAUAGGUUUCAGAUGUAUACAUGGCUGUUCAGUUUAGAGGCAAUGUAAAGCAUCAGAAAACAUGAAAGUAAAUUAAGAUUCAGAAUAACAAUAAUAAGACAAUUAGUAAUAAUGCAUAACGUAAUAGGUUGGUGAAUAUCUAUAACAUGUUUCCAAGAUUUAGAAUGUAAUAUAAAAAAAGUAAAUUAAGCGAGAUUAGAUGGUUUGUUAAUAACUAUAUUUCGAAAACUUGUCAAUUGUAUUACUUAAUUUACAAUGUGUGUGUACAUAUAUAAGACUAAAGAAAUUACUAAUUUUUUAGGAACAUUAAAUUUGACAUUAUAAAAUACAUGUACUAAUUAAGGAAUAUACUUUGCAGAUAUCAAGACUUAACCUGGGUACAUGUUGAACCAGUUAAUUACAGCUUCAAAGACGUGUAUAUUAAAAUUUAGAUUGAUAAGA